AUGUCGCCCUCGUGCCCAUCCCAAACCCUCCCCGACCUUACCGGCAGUGUCGUCGGCGGCAACCUUAAGCUUAUUGCAUUGCUUGGUGCCGGCGCCUACGGGAAAGUCUACAAGGCUCGUAUAGUCACUGCCCCCGUCGGCCAUUACCUCGCGGUCAAGUGCAUGUGGAGAUACAAGCGCGGCUCGUCUGAAGACGUGGCGCAAGCCAAGGAAAUCCACAACCACAAAGUUGUGUCGAAACAUCGCGGGGUGGUUACGCUUCACCGGCAAAUCGUCACCGACAAGUACACCUUUGUCGUUCUGGAGUACGCCCACAACGACCUUUUUCGGGCUCUGGUUGACCGCAAGGUCUUCCGCAACCGCCCGGCCCUCAUCAAGGGGGCAAUAAACGAAAUUAUCGAUGCCCUUGCGUUCAUGCACCGCAAGGGCGUAUACCACCGAGAUAUCAAACCGGAGAACUUGUUGUGCGACCGCGACGGCCAAAACAUCAGAUUUGCCGACUUUGGUCUGUCGACACACAAGGUGUCCUCGACACGGUUUGGUUGUGGGUCGAUGUCUUACAUGCCGCCAGAGUCACUUGACUCCAACCAUCCUGCUGCGAGCGAUGGCUUUUCGAGCGCGGCGAGCGACAUGUGGGCGGUUGCGAUCAUGUUCUGCACUUUUGUGUCAGACAGCAUCCCGUGGCUCAAUGCCGACGUCAACGACAGGGCAUAUUCAUAUUUCCUCACUCACGAAAAUUUCCUCUUGUCCUCGUUAAACAUCACCAGGGAGACGAACGACCUGCUCAAGCGGUGCUUCGAUUUCAAUCCUGAGAAGAGGCCGACUUUGGAGGAGUUUCGUGAUGCGGUCAACGCGAUAGAACGGUUCUCGGCGGGCGACCCAGAGGUGGUAUCGCCCUCGAUGCCUGAAUCAGAGGAGGCAGAGUCAGCUCAUUUCAGCUCCUCUGCUUUGUCGUCCCUGUCGUCCGAAACAAACAUCUCACAUUCAACUCCCCCGACUUCCCCCGCGCCGUCUUCGUCAUCGCAGUCAGAUGCGGUUUCUGCCGCGAAGCCAACCCUGCCCCAAAAAGAUGCAGCUGCAACCAACAGGCCAGCGCGGCAGACUUGCCAACGACCGCCUUUUUUGAAGACAACGCGGAGCAGGAAGUCGUUUCUCAACUCGCUGGCACGCAACCUGGGCCUGAGGCGGUAA